AUGGCCUCUGAAACGUCCUUUUCAGAGUCGAAGUUCCCUCGGUACAAGAUCGUUCCACUGCCCUACCCCAAAGGAAAACAGGCGCUCGAGGCGCUUAUUGCACGGUCUUCAGCGAGCCUAAGCACGCUGGAAAAGAGGAAGAAGUGGCUUUUACAAGAGCUCGAAAGCGUCAAAGUCGAUAUCAACCUUGUCAAUAGCGACAUUACAAACUUGCGGUAUGCAACAAAGACCACCCUGAUCCAGGAAUUCCCCGUGGAAUUGUUGUCGAGGAUCUUCACGAUGGCAUGCGAAGGCCAAACGCUGGCGCUUUGUGGUGCCAAGGGGAACAAGCGACACAGGACUGCCACCGCCGUGGUCCUGUCAAAAGUCUGCAAGCAAUGGAACGCCAUUGCGAAACGAUGUCCGCUCCUCUGGAACAAGGUCGGGAUAUCUUGCAUAGAGCGGAGCCUGGGCUCGCGCAGCAGGAGGGACCCUUUCUUGGAUGUCGUUCGUACGACACUUCAGCGGUCAAAUCCCGUCCCCUUGUAUCUCGGAUUCUACAACAAUGUACAAAGAGAUAUUGAAGACCUCAUCUGGUUGAAAUUUUGGACCACCAUCCUCGAAUUCCGACACCGUUUUGCAACCUUUCACCUCGACCGCACGGAACUCGGUCCAAUCGGCUCGAUCGAUACGAGUCCAUUGCCAAACCAGGCUUUGCAACUUACCAAUGUGAAGACUGUCAGCUCGCCCCCGAAUCUACUUCCCGUCGUGCCCCUCAAUGCUCUCACCCACCUUACAAUCUUUGUUUCCGAUUCCUACGACAUGUCUCCCGAAUCCUUGGUCACAAUUCUACGAUCGGCCCCACUUCUAGAAGUCCUCCGACUGAAUUUCGGAGAACAUGGACUUCAGGAAUCGGAGAGCAAGUUGCCCCCAGUUGACCUUCCUCGUCUACGCGUCCUCGAGCUACAACAUUGGUUUAUCGACGCGUAUGACGGCACACUCCUCCCUCUACUGUCCACACCUUCUUUGGAACGCCUGGAUAUCGUUGACGCCUGGAAUUCGCCUGCUCCAGACUCCGAUGACAAUCUUUUCAGCUUCAUCUCUCCGAAACGCGUCCCCAACCUUAGGGAAUUCAGGGUUGGAUACGGCAAUCCAAUAUAUUUAGGGAGAGUUGAGGGAGUGGGCGAUGAACUCGAGUACUUCGCUUACAUCAAAAGCAGCGACCAUCGCCAGUGGAAGAGAUGGACCGAGAAGAUGUUCACGUUCUACGAUUCCGAUGGCGAUUUCGAAGAGUUCGAACACCACUCCAUACGGCACCACCGGAUUUGGGGACAAGGAUGGUCGGUGUUCACUGAAGUCAAAAGGCCAGCGAAAGAAUACGGACGGGAUGAGUGGGGUGAGGUAUGCUUUGUGGAGGAUCAGAUUGGGGAAAUCGUUUCCAAUGAUCCGAGAAAGAGAGAUGUUAUCCCGCUCAACACUGGAUGGGGGAACCUUAAAACGGAGGAACUGGCAAACUUGGAGGAUUGGUUCGAGGUGAUGUGUCACAAGCAUCUGCGUAAAGUAGAGCGGACCCUGGCCCUUGCUCUGUAA